UUAUCACCCUCAACAUCUUUAACCUCAACAUAGUUGAAACUCACAAACAAAGGUCUCUGGUCUGAGUAUCUGGGUGCUGUUUCUUUUGAGCAACUAUAUAUUUCAAGUCAACUUCGACAAAACAUACCUCCAAUGGCGUCGUCUUCUUCUGCAUCAUUCGUUAAGAGGAGCUAUCAGUAUGAUGUGUUUUUGAGUUUCAGUGGUGAAGACACUCGUAAGAACUUUGUGGAUCACCUUUAUGAUGCUCUUCAGCGACACGGCAUUCACACUUUCAAGGACGAUGAGAGACUUAAACAAGGAAAAAGCAUCAAUGAGCAACUUUUGAAAUCUAUUGAGGAGUCCAAGUUGUUCAUCAUAGUUUUCUCAAAGAAAUAUGCAUCUUCGUCUUGGUGCUUAAACGAACUUGUAAAGAUUAUGGAAUGCCAAAAGUCGAACGACCAGAUUGCUUACCCUGUUUUUUACGAUGUGGAUCCCUCUGAAGUUCGCAAACAACGUGGGCCAAUUGGAGAAGCCCUUGCCAAACAUUCCAAUAUAGAGAUGGGGAAAUGGAUAGUAGCUCUAAAAGAAGCAGCCAAUCUGUCCGGUUGGGAUUUAAGGAACACUGCUGAUGGGCAUGAAGCCAAAGUCAUCAAGUUAAUAAUUGAGCGGAUUUCACUUGAGUUACGAUCCAUUAAUGUGGACCUUGAUGAUAAAUUAGUAGGCAUGGAACCCCGACUAAAGGACCUUGAGAAGUCUUUAGAUAUCACGUCGAACGAUGUUCGCAUGAUAGGGAUCAAGGGGAUGGGAGGCGCUGGUAAGACUACACUAGCGAGAGCUGUGUUUGAUAGAAUAUCAGUUCACUUUGAAGCUAAAAGCUUUGUUGAGAAUGUCAGGGAAGUUUCAAAAGCAUCGUUGUUGUCUGGUUUGUUGUCAUUGCAAAGAAAGAUCCUUUCAGAUUUGCUAAAUGGUCAAGGAAACAACGUAGGUAGUGUCCAUGACGGCAAAAACAUGUUGAAAACAAAGCUGCGUGGUAGAAAAGUUCUAGUGGUUUUAGAUGAUGUGGAUCAUCAAGAGCAGCUUGAGGCAUUAGCUGGUGAUCUUAAUUGGUUCAAGCCUGGAAGUAGAAUUAUCAUAACAACAAGAGACGAGCAAGUGUUGAUAGCACAUAGAGUGGAAUGGAUUCGUGAUGUCAGCCUAUUAUCACAUGAGGAAGCGAUUGGCCUCUUCAGUAGGCACGCAUUUGGGAAAGAUCUUCCAAUUCAAGAGUAUGAAAAAGAAUCACAACAAGUUGUACAAUAUGCUGUUGGCCUUCCCUUGACAAUCAAAGUUUUGGGUUCAUUUCUGUUUGGUAAAGACAAGCUUGAAUGGGAAUCUGCAUUAGCAAGACUCAAAAGAAUUCCGUUGAAAGAGACUCUUGAAAAACUGGAAUUAUGCUAUGAAAGUUUGGAGGAUGAUUACAAGGAAAUAUUCCUAGACGUUGCAUGCAUAUUGAAGUGGUGGAAGAAAAAUGAAGCAAUACGUAUGCUUGAAAGUUGUGGAUUUCAGGCUAGAAUUGGUUUAAGAGUUCUUGAGCAGAGAUCUCUAAUAACUUUUCAUGAUUAUGGUUUUGGCUCUUGCUUGAGCAUGCAUGACCAUAUUGAAGAAAUGGGCAAAAAUAUCGUACGUCGUUUGCACCUAGAUGAGCCCUACAAACAUAGCAGAUUAUGGAUCCAGGAAGAAAUUGAAGAUCUAUUGGAUAAUGACUUGGGUUCUGAAGCGACAAGGUGUAUACGUCUAAACGUCACCCCUGGUAUUGUUUUGAAAGGUCUUGGAAAUCUGAAGAAACUCAAAUGCCUUUUUGUAGAUCAUAGUUAUGAAGAUCGUUAUGUCCAUGUGAAUAUUGAUGAAGUUAGUCAAUACUUCCCAAAUUCAUUACGAUACUUGAAGUGGAACUAUUACCCUCAUUGGUGUUUACCCAAAACCUUUCAAGCAAAUAAUCUUGUUGAGCUUCACAUGUCCGACAGCAGAAUCAAACAACUUUGGGUUGGGGGAAAGGUUCUUACGAAGCUCAAAUCCAUUAUACUCAGAUCCUCAAAGGUGAGGACCCUUGACCUUGGGUUGACUCCGAAUCUUGUGAGGUUAGAUCUUUCACUUUGUGGUGAUUUGGUAGAACUUCAUGUGCCAGUUCGAUGUUUAAAAAGGCUUACGUACCUAAACCUCAGUCAUUGUACGAGGUUGAAAUCUGUUUUGUUUAUCAAGGAUUUGGAAUCACUUGAGUUUCUUCAUGUAAGUGGCUUACAUAUAAAGGAAUUUGAGGAUAUAAUCCUGUGUCACUCCAACAGUAAUCUGCAAGAGCUUAGUUUUGAUGACAAUGAUAUAGAAAACCUGCCUUCAUCAAUUGGAAAUCUACAUAAACUUGUGAUGCUAUCCUUCGAAAGUUGCGACAAACUCAAAAGUCUUCCAGGAAGCAUCUGUAGUUUACAACAUUUAAGAUUACUUAAGCUUGUAUGUUGUGGCAUAGAGGAAUUGCCUGAGGACAUUGGCCAGUUGGAGUGUUUAGAAGAGCUAGAUUUAUCACAUUCAAAAAUUAAACAUCUCCCGGAUAGCAUUUGUAAGUUGAAACAUCUUAAAACUCUCUUUCUAGGUAGUUGUAAAGUUUGUAAGUUACCAGAGGAUGUUGGUCAAAUAGAUUCAUUGAGCAAACUAGAUCUAACAUCAACCAAGAUAAGAGAUAUUCCACCCAGCAUCUGUAAGCUAAAGCAUCUCAAAUUUCUUAACCUUUCUUAUUGUUCUAGUCUUGAGAAACUACGAGAGAACCUAGGAGAUUUAGAAAGUUUGGAUACACUAGUUCUAACAUCAACCAAGAUAAGAGAUAUUCCACCCAGCAUCUGUAAGCUAAAGCAUCUCAAAUUUCUUAACCUUUCUUAUUGUUCUAGUCUUGAGAAACUACCAGAGAACCUAGGAGAUUUAGAAAGUUUGGAUACACUAGUUCUAACAUCAACCAAGAUAAGAGAUAUUCCACCCAGCAUCUGUAAGCUAAAGCAUCUCAAAUUUCUUAACCUUUCUUAUUGUUCUAGUCUUGAGAAACUACCAGAGAACCUAGGAGAUUUAGAAAGUUUGGAUAGACUAGAUCUAACAUCAACCAAGAUAAGAGAUUUUCCAUCCAGCAUCUGUAAGCUAAAGCAUCUCAAAUAUCUUGGCCUUUCUAAUUGUUCUGGACUUGAGAAACUACCAGAGAACCUAGGAGAUUUAGAAAGUUUGAAUGUACUGUAUCUAAGAUCAACCAAGAUAAGAGAUGUUCCACCCAGCAUUUGUAAGCUAAAGCAUCUCAAGGAGCUUUACCUUUCUAAUUGUUCUGGACUUGAGAAACUACCAGAGAACCUAGGAGAUUUAGAAAGUUUGAAUGUACUGUAUCUAACAUCAACCAAGAUAAGAGAUGUUCCAUCCAGCAUCUGUAAGCUAAAGCAUCUGAAAUAUCUUUACCUUUCUAAUUGUUCUGGACUUGAGAAACUACCGCAGAACCUAGGAGAUUUAGAAAGUUUGAAUAGACUAGAUCUAACAUCAACCAAGAUAAGAGAUGUUCCACCCAGCAUUUGUAAGCUAAAGCAUCUCAAGGAGCUUUACCUUUCUAAUUGUUCUGGACUUGAGAAACUACCAGAGAACCUAGGAGAUUUAGAAAGUUUGUAUGCACUAGAUCUAAUGAGUACUCCUAUAAGUCAUCUUCCCGAUAGCAUUUCAUUGUUGAAAGGUCUUCGUAUUAUCGGAUACAAAAGAAGGAUUGAUCCAGAUGCAAUUCUAUUUCAAGAAGAACAGCAUAUUACAUUUGCUCCCAAAAGGAGAAGGGCCAAUACUGAAGCAACAACAAGCGAUGCAGGUUUUUUGUUAAAAUAUAUAAUGUUAUAAACUCACUGAAUAGCAUAUAUUCUAGUGAGAGAGAUAUUUGAAAUAUAUUUAUGGUUUUGUAGGUGACAGGGUUAAAGAUGGAGGAUCAUUAAUGAGACUUUGAAAGACUAGAGUGGGGAACAAGUGGAAGCUGGAGGGGCAUAUUGAAACUAGUCUUAAAUCCGUGUUCAAAACAUAUAAUAAUCAUUCUACUGUUGACAUUUGUAGUGAUUUGCAACCAGUUUUACAGCCUUCACUCGUAGUUUAGUUUUUGGUUACUUUUUUUUUACACCAUUGUUGUUCAAAUCAUUCUUCUUAGUAAUC